AUGUCGACUACUGCCUUCGAGUUCAAUGGAGCAAAGUUUGUCACCAAUAACUACUCAGCCAUUCUGGAUAACGAUGAAGCACCCAAGGAGUUUCAUCUUAUUCAAGAUUUCCUGGCGCACAGUGAGCUGAUGUAUGCUCUGACUGAGCCAGAGUUAAUCUCUCCUUCUCAAGUUCUCACCCUCUGGAGAUCAGCAAACUACGAUGAUGGAGGUGAAAAUGGUUGUCCAUCUCUGACCUGCAAUUAUGAAGGUCAAGAAUAUGCUAUCUCACCUGCAACUAUCAGGAAGGCUCUUCAUCUUCCUGAAGAGAAAAAGUUUGAUUCAUCAGUCCCUACUCAAACUCUGAGGGACAUGAUGAUUUUUCUUGGGAGAAAAGAAAAUAUGAAUAUUGUCUACUACUCAAGAUUUUGUCAGCUUAUAUUUUCUUACUGCUUCCCUGAUGUGCCCCUUCCUGAAGAUGGCAAUGAACUCCCUUUUAAAAUCACCAAAAGAGCUUUUACUGAUCUGAUUAAAAAGGAUAGUAAAAAGAAUGCUGCACCUGUAUUUGCUAUUCCUGUGACUGUACAGGAUAAGCUGAAGUUAGCUCUACCAGACAAGUAUGGAGCCCUAUUCUCUGAUGAUAAUAUCCCACAGCCUCCAUCUCCAGCUCAUAACCCAAUACCAACUGCUGAUCCCAAACCAACCUCUGGUUCUUCUCAACAAGGACCAGUUGUAAUAUCUUCACCAAAAAGGGUACUGAGGUCUUCUAGAUCCCCAUCCAAACAGCCAUCUCCUCCUCCCAGGAAAAGAAGAUUCCUUCAGAAGAUUUCAGAUUCUGAAUCAGAAGAAGACAUUCCUCCUCCUCCACCAGCAAAGAAACUGAGAAAGAAAAUAAAGGCAACCUCUAUUACUGAUCUGACUGUGGAACCACCACAAUCAGAGGAUCCUAAACAACCUUUGAUUCCUUUCUCUGAUCAAUCUGCAGAGCCACUGUUGAUAGAACCUAUCUCUGCAGUGCCACUUGAUAUUGCUGCAGCUGACCAACAAAUGUCAGAGUCAACCUCUGAUCACAAUGAUCAAUCUGAAGGGACAAAGUCUGUUGAAGAGAAUAUAGCAGCUGAUAUUCUUGUGUCAGAAACAGUUCCUGAUAUCCCCAAUCAAUCAGAAGAUGCACAGAUAGAGUUGGUCUUGCAAAUGAUUCAGGAUUCUCUGCUUCAACCUGCAGUUAUUGUUGCAGCUCCUGCUCAGGAGAUUACUGAAGCUGCAAACUCUGAUGCAGCUACUGAAGCUCUAGAAGAAACUUCACCAGAAAGGGUAGAUUCCCCAGUCAAGAUACUGUCACCAGUUAGGGAAUCCACUCCCUUUACAGCACCUGCAGUUCCAAGCUCUCCAAUUCCAUUUUCUGAGCCUGCUAGAAGGAAAAUUUGCCACUUGACAUAUAAUCAUAGGAUGUGCAGAACCACAUCACCUUCUGUGGAAGAUAGGCUUACUUCUAUUGAAGCUACUCAGGCUUCAAUGAAUUAUACUCUGGCAGAUUUGAGUGCUUCUGUGGCACAGCUAGUACAGGUUCUCACCUCUGCUGAUGUCAAAAAGGGGGAGAAAACAUUCAAAGACAAAUGCAAACCUGAUCAGCAAUUAAAAAGGAAAAAGCCAGAUGAUGAUGAGGCAGAAAAAGGGGAAAUAAACAAACAGCAAAAGUUGAAGCAGCUGCAAAGUAAGGAAACAAAGAAGAACAGUAGAGAAGCAGCAAGCUCUGAGAGACCACCCAGAGAAUCUCAAAAACACAGAUCAAUGGAACUGACUGUUGUAACUCAAGCUCAGAACAUAACCAAAGCAGUCAGAGAUUCAGAUGCAUUAUCCAAAGAAAUUGAUCUUGUGAACUCUGAAGUGGAAAAGAAGAAAGAAAACUUGUUAAAGUUCCAGUUGAAGAAGAGAAAGUCAAAGAAACUAAAGCUUCUUGGUUAA